AUGCAUUUUUUUGGCACUGUCUUGUUGGUUAUCUGUGCUGCUUUUGUAGUCCAGGCUUGCCCAUCAUCAGGAGCAGAAGGAGGAGGAGGACCGCCAGGACCGCCAGGUCCGCCAGGGCGAGAUGGACGGGAUGGAGAUGAAGGCGAAGUAGGACCUCCUGGUCCAGAAGGACCAAAAGGAGCAUUAGGAAAGCCUGGACCACCUGGGCCGCAGGGUGAUCGAGGCGAAAAAGGAGAAAGAGGAAUAAAAGGACCGAGAGGUCAGGAAGGAGACCAAGGACC